ACCCACCGCCCGCCUCCCGCGGGCGGCGGCAACAAAGGCCCUUCCCCGCCCCCGCCGCCGCCUCCCGCCGCCGCCGGCAGCGUCCUUGCGGCAGGAAGAUGCCCGGGGAGGUGCCGCCGCCGGCGCCCCGGGGGCUGCGGAGCCUCCCGCUGCUGCUGCUGCUGCUGCUCAGCGCCCGCGCCGCGCUGGCUCAGCGCUGGCGCAAUGAGAACUACGAGCGGCCCGUGGACCUGGAGGGCUCCGGGGAUGAUGACCCCUUUGGAGAAGAUGAGCUGGACGACAUCUACUCCGGCUCUGGCUCGGGGUAUUUCGAGCCGGAGCCAGGGCUGGACCCUGCUGUGAGCCUGACCACGGACACGCUGGUGACACUGCCCACCACGGCGGCCGUGCUGCCCGUCACCGCCGCCCAGCCCGUGGCAACGCCCCUGGAGCCGUCCCCCACCCCCCAGGACACCACCCCCGGGCAGGCCACCAGCGCCUUCCUCAUCCCCAGGACCACAGCAGCACCGGUGGUGCCCAGCUGGAAAGCCACCACCACCACCAGCACCACGGCCAGUGAGCCCCCAACCACCACGGCCACCACCACCACCACCACAGCCACCACCACCACAGAGGCCACCACCACCACCACCACCACAGCCACCACGGAGGCCACCACGACCACAAGCAGCACCACUGUGGCCACGGCCAAGCCCACCACCAUCCGGAGGUUCCUGCCCCCCUUGGCCACCAAGGCGGCCACCACCCGGGCCACCACCCUGGAGACCCCCACCACAGCCGUCCCCGAAACCAGCACGCCGACAGAGGUGGCCACGUCACGCCUUGUCCCCAGCAGCACGGCCAAGCCCAGGGCUCUGCCAAAGCCCAGCACCUCGAGGACUGCAGAGCUCCCCGAGAAAAGCACGGCGUUGCCACCCAUGGCCACCACGCUGCCGCCCACAGAGGCCCCCCAGAUGGAGCCAGGGGAGGUGACAACAGCCCCCGACAAGGAGCCGGAGGUCCCGGCCAGCAGUGGCCCCAGCGGGGACUUCGAGAUCCGGGAGGAGGAGGAGACGACUCGUCCCGACCUCGGGAACGAGGUGAUGGCUGUGGUGACGCCGCCGGCGGGGCCGGGGCCCGGCAGGAACGUGGAGACAGGGCUGAUGGACAACACGAUAGACUCGGGCAACUCGGCUGCUCAGCUGCCCCAGAAAAACAUCCUGGAGAGGAAAGAGGUGUUGAUAGCGGUCAUCGUGGGUGGCGUGGUGGGCGCCCUUUUCGCCGCCUUCCUGGUGAUGCUGCUCAUCUACCGCAUGAAGAAGAAGGACGAGGGCAGCUACACCCUGGAGGAGCCCAAGCAGGCCAACGUCACCUACCAGAAGCCGGACAAGCAGGAGGAGUUCUACGCGUAGAAGGAGAGCCCGGAGUGCCUCACGCUUCCUCCCUCCCUCCCUCCCCGCUCCAAACCCUCCCCCUCCUCUCCUCCAUCCAGUCUCUCUCUCUCCUCCCUCUUCUCUCUCUUUUUUUGGGAUCAGACUGUGAAUUUUUAAAAGCAAAACCUGCAGCGGCUGAAGGAGGAAACGCGUCCUUGGCAUGGGGGGCACGGGGUGCCCGGAGCAGCGCCGUGGUCACACUGAGCGUGCUUGGGUCACACUGAGCAGAGCCAAGGUGACACCGAGCAGUACCACGGUCACACCGAGCAGCGCCUGGGUCACACUGAGCACCCCGAGGUCACACCGAGCAGCACCGCAGUGACACCGAGCAGUGCUGCGGUCACACUGAGUGUGCCCAGGUCACACUGAGCAAUACCACGGUCACACCAAGCUGCGCCGAGGUGACACCGAGCAGUGCCUGGGUCACACUAAGCAGCACCAAGGUGACACUGAGCACUGUUGAGGUGACACUGAGCACCCUGAGGUCACAUGGAGCAGCACCGCAAUGACACCGAGCAGUACCACGGUCACACUGAGCACCCCAAGGUGACACCAAGCAGUGCUGCUGUCACACCAAGCGCACUCAGGUCACACCAAGCAGUACCACAGUCACACCGAGCAGCGCCGAGGUGACACCGAGCUCCGCCAAGGUCACACCGAGCACCCCGAGGUGACACUGAGCAGCACUGAGGUCACACUGAGCACUGCCAAGGUGACACCGAGCAGCACCGAGGUGACACCGAGCUCCGCCAAGGUCACACCGAGCACCCCGAGGUGACACUGAGCAGCACUGAGGUCACACUGAGCACUGCCAAGGUGACACCGAGCAGCACCGAGGUGACACCGAGCUCCGCCAAGGUCACACCGAGCACCCCGAGGUGACACUGAGCAGCACUGAGGUCACACUGAGCACUGCCAAGGUGACACCGAGCAGCACCGAGGUGACACCGAGCACCGCUGGCCUUUCUGCUGGCGGGAGGGACGGGACACAGAGCCGAUGCCAAGGAGCUGAUGCCAGGGCAGCCGUGCCUGGGAAUGCCCUGGAGAGCAUGGGAUGGGCUGCCCACGGUGCCUGGAGCUCAACUGGACUUUUCCCACCGCCACCACCACGAACUCUGGGAUUCAGACACCUCCUGCCAGCCCUGGGGCACAGGGGGUUUGCUUUGGAUUUAUUGCCCUUUUUUCCCCCGUCCAUAAAGGAGGGAGAUUUUCCUUCCCUUUGUCUCAUCUUUAUUUUUUGGUUUUCCUUUGGAAUGGGGUUGGUCGCCCUGCAGGAAUGCCCUUCUGCUGGAAGAGAGAACCUGACUCUCCAACACUCCUGGAACCUUGGGAAAAGCACAAGGGGCUGGAAUACCUGGGGUUCGCUCCUGAAGAGGGGAAAAAAGGAAAUAAAUACAAAUGCUGGGAAUGAUCCCUUUGGAUCAACAUUCCGGAGAGCUUGUGGAGCUGCACUGGGGCAUCCCAGGCUGCUGCCAUCUGGCCACCCCCUGGAAUCUC